AUAAACAACGCACUUAGUUGGACGAGUAACGUUGUAAAUGCAAUGUUGGGCGGUGAGCUAUGCACCUCCGUGAUAUUGACUUGACUGAAAGACCAUGCAAGUCAUCAUGAUCGCUCGGUUACAUGCCAUGUAUCAGCGAUCCAGAAAGGUGCUGAUUUUUCUCGUCGUCAUUUUUCUGCCCAUCAGAAUCGCCAACGUAGUGAUGGUCGCAUUACAGACGAUGCAGAUGUCAGGGGAGGAAUACGUUCUCUCCGGCACCUACCAGUGCAUAUUUACCUACGGGGGAGAUUCCGUAUUUCUUAAUUCCAUGACUUGGAUACUUUCUACUGUAUGGGAGGUCGUUGCACUGUGUCUCGCGGUCUGGAUUGCUGUAAAGCAGUUCCGUGAACUGCGACAACACUCGACGAGAGGUGUUAUCGGUGACUGUUACACGGUGCUAAUGAAAACUCAUGUGAGUUACUUUGUGAGGUGAGCUGAUAAUGUGAAUGCGAUCCCCUUGUUCCGCUGAAGUUUUGCACGUGCUAGUUUUUUGGCUAUGUCUUGCCUCCAGAUCGGUUUCAUGUCUUCAACGCUGUUAGUGGUAUGUCGAGCUGUCAUCGACUUAUACUUGCAUGCGACCAUCAUUCAUUACCUCUAUAGGACUUGUAUACCCUGGACGCUCA